AUGAGUGGCAGUUCAAAUCAGUCGAGUUGUACGAGUCCUGGUUCCUACAAUACCGCCCAGCGCACCGCGUCCGUCUCAUCCGGCUCGUCGCCGCCUCACCACCAGCCGCUUCCCGCCGCCCAGUUCCCGCCGCGCUCGGCGCAGAAUGAUAUGUCGGCCGACGUGUACAGCCCCGGCUCUUCGCACAUCUCCGCCUCGCUCGGUAGCGCCUCCACCCUCUCCUACCCCUUCUCCCCUAUUACGUUGGAUAUGCGUCUCGGCGAUUCGGACCGCAGCCUAGACGGCUUUGGCCGCGCCGCCCCCGGUGGCGCCAUCCUGAUGCGCAAGUUGCCCCGGAAUACCAGUCGCGAAGCGCUCCGCAGCAUGCUCCUCUUCGCCAAGGACUUUGUCGACGCCGACUUCAUCGCCACCGACCUGCCCGAGGACAACGGUUUCCUCUGUGCCAUCGCGCGCUUCAACACGCUGGCCGCCGCCGAGGAGGCGCGCGCUCUCCUCGAUGGCAAACCCAACUCCAAGAACGAUGCGACCAUGAUCGUCGAGCUCUGGAACUCCCCGGUCGGCGGCCGCCGUAACACCAUCGAUCACACCGCCAAUGCGACAGCCACCACCACCACUUCUUCUUCGAAUCCGGCAUCCGUGACCGCCGCCGCGACCCGUGGCCUCUUUGCCAGCGUUUCGUCUGCCAACGGUCCCCUCUCCCGACAGUCCUCCCGCUUCAACGGUACCUUUCAGACCCUCGAACGUCUGACGGCCGGCGCCGCUCCCUCCCACCCAGACGCGCUCUCGGGGCCCGGCCCCGAGGCGGGCGCUCGACUGCACAGCCUCUUCUCCCCGCAAUCGCCAAUCGGCAACGGCGUCGGCGUCGGCGUCGGCGUCGGCGUGGGCAUCGGCGUCAGCGACCGGCCUCGCGUCACCGGCAAGUCCAUGAUCGACCAAGACCCCGAUGAGGACACCGGCGAGUUGCUCAAGGAUCCCGUGGGUUACGCCGAAAGUGGCCAUGGUGCCGUCUCCUCCGUCACCAUCCCACGCCGCUCCACCAACCCUCAGAUCCCCACCAGCCGCUUCGCCAACCUCUCGCUCACAACCUCCAACGCACUGUCAUCGCCGCCUUUGCCUAACUACGCCCCCGGCGGCCCGGGUGGCGGAGCAGGUCCCUCCGCCCGCAUGGGCGUGGGCCCCGGUCCCUCGUCGGCCUUUUCGCCCGCGAUGAAUGGCGCCGGCCCAGGUGGUGCCGGUGGCCCUGGCGGUAGUGCUGCUGGUAAUCAGAUCAACGGCGCGCAUGGCUAUCACUACGGUAGCCAGCAUACCCCGCGACACAGCCUCCCCGCCGCCAACCCCAACGAUCUCAACCCGCCAUGCAAUACCCUGUACGUCGGUAACCUGCCUCCCGAUACCUCGGAGGAGGAGCUCAAAGCCCUCUUCUCCAAGCAACGGGGAUACAAGCGGCUGUGUUUCCGGAACAAGCAAAACGGUCCCAUGUGCUUUGUCGAGUUUGACGAGGUCGCCAUGGCCAGCAAGGCUCUGAAUGAGCUGUACGGGUACAAACUGUCCAACAGCGUCAAGACCGGCAUUCGGCUCAGCUUCUCCAAGAAUCCCCUUGGUGUCCGUUCGGGACAGCCGGGCAGUCUGUCCGCCUCCAACGCACUCGCGCCUCAGGGUGCCAUCCCAGGCGGAGGCACCACGAUGGGUGGCACGCUGCCCAGCCACAUGUUUUCGAGCGUCAGUGGUCCCCCUCCGGGACUGGCCGCUCCGCCAGGUCUGUCGAUGCCUCUGCCCAUCCGCAAUGGCGCCCUGCAUCCGGCGACGGGCAAUCCGCAUGCACCACCGCCCCCCAUGGCUAGUCCGGGAGCUCCCUUUAAUCCCAAUUCUGGACUGGGCAUUCGUACCAACGGCGUCAACCUCAACGCCAUGAUGAUGCCUUCCCCUCCGCUCGCGGGUGGUGUGGCCAGCAACGGGGCGGGUCCCAACAUGAACGGCUUCAACUCAUUUUAUCCUGAUUAUAUGAUGGGACGGUGA